AUGACAGAACAAGUUAAGAUUAAUCCCGAUUUGCUGAUUAUAUUAGUUGGUUCAGUGAUUAACAAAUUCAUGACCAACUAUCAAGGAGAUUAUAAAGAAUGUCGUGCAACAUUUCCUGUUGAUCAAUUCAUUCACGAUUUAAAUAAGAUAACUCAAGAAUAUACUUCAAGAUUUCCCAAUGUUGAUAUACAUUUUCCACAGAUCGAUUUAAAAUUACUUUCAUUUAUUAUAACUAGAACAUUAUAUCAUAAGUUUGUCACUGUUACUCAGGAUCGAGUGAUUAUUGAUGUAUUACCUCAUGUUUAUGAAAACUUUUUGAAAAAUAUAGUGGCUACAUCAACACUAAGGUAUGCUAAAUAUCUAUUGAAAGGUGCCAAGGAUUUGUAUGAAGAGGAUAAAAAGAAAGUUAAAGAUAAUUCAGAAAAGACUAUGCCAAUAUCAGCACCAAAUCUGCUGAAAGAAAAGGAACCUGUUGCAAGUAAACCAAGUGAAACUAAAGAUGAAAAACUAAAAGAACCAUUGGUUAAAGCUACAAAAGAGGUCAAUGACGAAAAAGAAACACCAAAAGAAGACAAUAGUCCUGUUAAAGAUGUAUCAGAUUCAUCAAAGAAAGACGCAAUUGAAGUUCAAACAGAGAAGAAUAAUGAUAUAGUUCCAGAAACUACAAAUGAAGUAGCAGAAAAUGCCAAAGAUGUUCAACAAACUAAACCUGGACCAGAACAAGAAGUCUCUAAAGACGAAAAUUCUCAUGAAGAGAUUAAAAAAGAUGAUGAGAAAAAGGAAUCUGAGGAAGAGAAAGAGAAAGAUACUGAAAAGAGUACAGUGAAUGAGGAAGAAGAUAAAAUGGAUGAAAAUUCCAAAGAGGAAGCAGAGAUUCCUACUACAAAAGAAAAGAGAGUAUCACAAGAAAAUGAAGUAUCAAAAGAAGAUGAAGAAGCAAAAGAAAAGGAAGUAGCAAAAGAAGAUGAAGCAGCAAAAGAAGAUGAAGCAGCAAAAGGAGAUGAAGAAGCAAAAGAAAAGGGAGAAUCGGAAGAUGUUGAAAUGGAAUCGGUGGAAGAGCCGAAUACAUCUAAUGACAAUGACGAUAUGGAUGUUGAUAAAGAAAGUGAUGAUAAAGAGGAGGAACAACCUGCAGUUGAGUCAACUCCGAAAGAGAGUGUAUCAGAAGAAAGUGAAGUUAAAGAAUCUGUAGAGAAAGAAGAUGACGGUAAGCAGGUCGCUGGGGAAAAUGUUGAAGAAGAAGUUGUUGAGAAGGAAGUUGUUGAUGAACAAAAAUCGGAAGAACCAACUGAAGAGCAAACUGAAAAAUCUGUUGAAGAAAAAGAAUCAACCAAGGAGGAAUCUGAAGCAGCACAAGAUAAUGAACUAGAAUCCAAGUCAGAAGAAUCAUCGGUAUCACCUGAGAAAUCAGAAACGGAAAAACUGUCAUCAGCACCAGAGACAAAGACAGAGACAAAGACAAAGACUGAAGAAGUGUCAGUGCCAGAUGAGGAGGAACCUGUUCAAGAAACUGUUCAAUCACGUAAACGUUCAAAAUCCCCAGCACCAGGACAACAACAUAAACGUUUCCAGAAUAUUGCUGUCAAUUUGAUCAACUCCAUUCAGGAACAUAGAUUUUCUUCUCCAUUCUUGCAAGCAGUCAAUACAAAAGAUGCACCUGAUUAUCAUAGUAUUAUUUUUGAACCUCGAGAUUUGAAGAAUAUUCUCAAAGCAGUGAAAUCCAAACGAGAUCCUCCAACAUACCAAUCUGUUAAAGAAUUAGAAAGAGAUAUCAUGUUAAUGUUUGCCAACUGUAUAAUGUAUAACCGUUCUGGUGAUGAUUUGAUUGAAUUAACGAAGAUUAUGAAAGAAGAAGUUAGUGAGAUUUUCAAGAUGUUUGAAGAAGCUGAAGAAGAGAUCAAGUAG